CGAGCGGCGAGCGGCGGGGCCGGUGGGGCGGUGGGGCGGUGGGACAGACGGAAGGAAGGAAGCCGAGGCCUGGAUGUGUGCGCCUGCAUGCCGUGUGAUGAAUCAUACCAUCAAUCAUCAUGCCAUCAAACGAGAGAAAUGGUCCGAGGAGGGGCCGGGGUACGGGGGUGUAGCGAUGGAAUCUUGCGUUUGUACGGGAGCGAGAAAGCACGGUGCACAUUGCGGCCGGUGUCAUGAAAGGGACAAAGGUGCAAAGGUGAGUCGUGGACUGAGCGUCACCUUCCUUGAACCUCGCUCGCUCACAUCGGGGGUCGUGUCAUUACUGUAUUUCGGUAGAAUCCGCGAUUUCGGCGUCGAGUAUAGUUACGCUUUGGUAGGUACGUGUACGAUGACAAGAGGGUUAGUGGACGCUCGGGCCGGUGAGUGGAUGUGGAAUGUGAGAUUGAGAGGUGGGGAGCAGAUGGGGCAGUGCCGUGUGCCAGUGCGCCUGUCAACAAAGAGUGCGACGAGCGAGAGCGAGGGCGAGGGCGAGGGCGAGGGCCGUGUGGUAUUUGGGGGCGCGUGAGAGCUGGCUAGUAGUGAGAGGGGUGAGUGAGUGAGGGUGAGGUAUGCUCGGUCGUUAGGCGGGGUGAGCUGACGAGGUGACAACCCGAGCGAUAGGGUAGGUGUGGAGUAAUGUGGAGAGACGCGGUGCAGAGGAGAGAAAAGAGAGAGAGAGAGAGCGCGACGCGAGAGAGAGAGAGAGAGAGAGAGAGAGAGAACAAUGAGAGGAUGUAGAGGAUGGAGAGAGAGAGAGAGAGGAAGAGGAAGAGGAAGAGGAAGAGAGUACAAAGCAAUCCAGCCAUGUGGUUGACCG